AUGAACUACUUUCUUUCAUACCUGGACCCUGCAUACAAGUCUUCGGUGGUAUCUCAAGAUCUCUUAAGAGAGGACACCGAGUCGGCUGAAAGAACUAAGUAUGAGGUUCGGGUUCCGUUCAAGUUAGAGUAUAAGUGUGAUAUCAUCUGGUGGAUUGUCAAACUCGAGACUGCUGCGAAUCAUGCUCUCGAUGUGGAUACAAAGAAUUACAUCUGGGAAUACUUCAAGGACCCAGAGACUGCUGGAGCAAUAUUUGCCAGACAUGACUCACGUACUAAGAAAGCUAUUAAGAACAACGCACAAAAGUUCAUUGCAAUCAUCACUACGGAGAACUUUAUCCUGAAGAAUGUCAUCACCGAAAAGGAACCAGUGAAAACUUUACCCUUAUUCAGAAAAUGGCUUGUCGAGAAAGGAACGAAGUUUAACAAUGGCGACUUACGUGAAGCCAUCACCAGAUGGAGCAGUCAAUAUGAAAAGUGCAAAGACCCAAAACUGUACCACAGUGUGGCGGAUAUCUCACUGUUUAUUGCCUCUCAUACCUUCGACAAUGACAUCACAAUACUUUUGCUUAGAGAAGGCAACUUAGGUGCAAAUAAGAAACAGGAAGUGAUUAAUGGCCAAUUGAAACUCAGAAAAGAUGAAGUACUCGACGUAUUCAAUAAUUGCUUCCAUUACCGUGAAAAGGAGUAUGAACUCCCAACUGCUGGCUCCUUGGUGACCUCAAUUGAUCAGAGAGAAGUCCUCAAAGAUGCAAUUGACAUAGAUGAUGAUGAUAAUGAUAGGGCAAACUAUCAUUUGACGAACGAAGAAAAGAUUAUUGAAUUUGUGUGGGAUUCUGGAAGUCCUAUACAUAUCAUCUCAGACUUGACGUUGCUCUAUGACUUUGAGAAACGAUCAACGACAGUAUCUGGUUUAGGGGGAGGAACUGAGAUCUCCCCUGGAUUUGGAAAGAUGGACGUUAGGACUAUUUAUGGUAAGAGUACUACACUUGAUGAGGUAUAUUACCUCCCGAACUCUACCAACAUCAUAUCAGGACAACGUUCGUUACCUUGGAUCUAUGACCAAGAUAUCCAGAUGCUAUUUGACCGAAAGCUGAGAGUCCUAUCAUCUCGAAUUCCAGAUAAACCGCAUCACAUCUAUGUCGCACUCAAGUGCAAAAUUCAAUCCCAGGACCAAACUGAUUUGAGACAUUUGAUUAUGAUCUCAGAAUCCGACAUGAGGCAGGCCUUCAGAACAUAUCAAGUGAACCUUAGAGGUUAUGACUGGCUAUCAAAGCUGGAUUACAAUGCGAAAGACUUAGCAAUUCACCUCAUGUUGGGGCAUCCUUCUUAUCAACAGUACAACAAAAUCAGAGACCUUCACAAUAAUUCUGAUCCACCACCAAAAGAUCCGUUACCAACCAUAGCCCUGGAUAUCAGAAAAUAUUGUCGCUCCUGCCGCAUUCGAACAAUGACCAAAUCUCAAGCACCUAGGAAAGGUAAAGGUAUCGGCAGAGCAAAUGUGACACAACCACUUCAAGUUAUUCAUGUGGACUUGGCUGGACCAAUUGAGCCGAAAGGUCACAAUGGUGAAGAGUACUUCGUUGUUGCCGUCGACAGAUAUUCAGGAAUGAUCUAUGUUGAAGUCAUUAUCCAUAAACGUUAUGCUCGCAAAGGACUCCUCCAAAUCAUGCAGAGGAUGCAAAUCGACUUUCCAGCGCACAAAGUACUUGAAAUACGAGCAGAUAAUGGAAAUGAAUUCCAAAGCUUGAGAGACGAGACUGGUGAAACUGACAUUAUCGUCAGAGAUAACAUCCCUAUCCACACAACUACAUCGACCAAACCAUUUGUUAAUCAGCUCAUCGAGCGUCACUGCGAUCCAGCUCGAACACUUAUUCAUAUUCAGAAUCGUCCGUACGAGUACCCAUCCAGAUAUCAAUCAGGUACAAAGAAAACCAAAGAGCCUCCAGAGCUAACUAAAGUCGAUGAUCCACAUUUGCAACCAUAUUUAAAAUUGAAAGAGGCUGAAUUAAUUCAAGAGCAAAGAGCAAAAGAAGCUGCGGAAAGAAACAAAGCACUUCGAAAAACAAUCGAGAAUGAGUAUCACGAGCAGUCACAACUGAGUGUACCUGCUAGUUUAUUUGACAGACUGAACACAGUAUUACGGAAAUCGUCAACAACAGUCUCCGACCAAAUCAAAGAAUUACAAGGCGCAAGAUACCUGGCACCUAUUCCUCACGGUGUUACAGAAGAAGACGAGGGACAGCCUCCUCUUAAGAAACCAACUCUACAAGCGGUAUCAGGACCAGAGAGGGACAGCUCGCAACUGUCUCUUUCUGCAGCAGGUAGAAGCGACAGAUUGCAACUACAGACUUCCCUGCCAUCGCCAGCUGAGGUAGCACCCAGCACAAUGAACGACAAUCACGACAAGGCGACCGCUCCACGCAGAAUAACCCGAUCUCAAGCAGUGAAAGAUCCGGGAUUUUACAGGAUACUCUUAGCUAAUCCCCUGCCUGAAACAUAUGGUAAUUCGGCAAGAUCUCUCGAUCGGUCAACCUACGAUGUGCAACCUUGUUACAGUUCGGCGAGAUCUCUCGAUCAGUCAACCUGUGACGACGCUAUCGAUAUACCUGUGCUUUGCAUUGCUCCUUCCUCCGUAUACGUACUUACAGUGCAUGUCAUUAGCGAGGGAAUUGAAGAAUCAGAAAACUACGAUUUCCGACAUCUUUUACCAGAAGAACAAGAAGAUACGGUAGAGUUGAGGUAUAAAGAUGGAAUUCUUCAACCUGUGCGUAAACCAGCUCCUGAAACAUUUCGUGAGGCAGUUAACCGUCCUACUGAAGAAGGAUGGAAAGAGGCCAUUGAACGUGAAUUAAACUCAUUUGAAGAACACAACACGUUCGAAAUUUGCAAUUUACCCAAGGGAAUGGAAGUCAUGGACUCCAGAUGGCUCUUUCUCAACAAGUCAACUGGUCUAGCGAAGGCCAGACUUGUACAAGAUAUCUAUAUUAUUAUUGUGUUAUACGUGGAUGAUAUGCUUAUCAUGGGCACGAGUGAAAGCGAGGUUGUUAAAACCAAGGAUAUGCUAAGCAAAGAAGUGGAAAUUACAUUUCAAACUAAUGUGAAACGGUUUCUUGGUAUGUCCAUCGAUAUCCUCAAAGACAAAAUCAAUGUCUCACUCAAAGACUACAUCUCAGAAUCGUUCAACGACAUCAAGCCAAAUGAGAAAGUCAAAACGCCCUGCUCCACAGCGUGGAAGGACCACCUACUUCCUACGCCAGAUGACGAACUAAUUGAAGAUCCUGGAGAGUACAGACUGUUGGUCGGAAAAUUGCUAUUUGCUAGCACUACAGUCCGUUAUGACAUUGCCUUUGCAGUAGCUGUCUUAUCUCGGUACAUGGCUAAACCAACCAAACGACAAUAUGCCGCCUGUGUUCGGGUUGUGCAAUACUUGAAAAGUACCGAAGAUUUUUGCCUAACUUAUCACAAACAAACUGAGACCAAUGAUAUCAAUUUAGAAUUCUUUACUGACGCAGACUGGGGAGGUUGCCCUAGUGACAGCAAAUCCAUUUCUGGAUUCAUCGCGCGCAUCAAUGACUCGCCGAUCUACUGGCGUGCUCGAGGUCAAAAGAGUGUCUCGCAAUCAACUCAUGAAGCUGAAGCUAUUGCCUUGAGUGACACAAAUAAAGAAGCUAUUUGGAUGAAAGAUCUUCUUGUCAACUCAGGAGAUUGGAAUCAACAACACGAGACGACCAUCUAUUCAGACAAUGAGUCCUUGAUUAAGGCUCUCGCCAGAACAGAUUAUUAUGUUUCUGCUAGAACAAAACAUUUGCGCGUCGACUUAGCUGCGAUCAGAGAAGGAGUGAAGUAUGAGAAUUUUAUCAUCAAGCAUAUGGUUUUCAUUCUCAAGUUGAACUAG